AUGAAGGAGCUUGGAGAAUUGAAACACUUCCUUGGAUUAGAAGUUGACCGAACUAAGGAAGGUUUAUUUCUUUGUCAGCUAAAGUAUGCGAAAGAUUUGCUGCAAAGAUUUAGAAUGCUCGAGUGCAAGCCCAUCUCAACACCUAUGGAAGCUAAUGUUAAGCUAUGUGCUCAUGCUGGAAAGGACUUGCAAGAUGGAGCAAUGUAUCGACAACUAGUGGGAAGUCUAAUCUACCUUACAUUGACUCGACCAGAUAUUUCUUAUGCAGUUGGAGUAGUAAGUCGAUAUAUGGAGCAACCAAAGAAGUCACAUUUGGAAGUAGUACGACGAAUACUGAGGUAUGUCAAAGAUACCAUUAACUAUGGUCUCUUCUAUAAGAAAGGGGAUGAGGUUAAGAUCAUUGGCUACUGCGAUGCUGAUUAUGCUGGUGAUCAUGAUACCUGA